AUGAACAUCAACUCUCGGACAAGCAGCGGCAUCAGGACGCUGGAUCGGCUCAACCUGGUAGCGCCCACCGUGAGUAGUUCGAUCAAAGCUGCUGGCGACAAAAUGUCUAUGAGUGGCUUCGAUUCAGCGGCGUUUCGGGCCGUGUCCAACGAGAAUGGCCCGUUGGAAGUGAAUCGCGUAGGGGCCACCGAGCCGCUGGAAUCGAAGACCGAAGCCGGGCUGGCAACCGUCAGCCUUGUUCAUGAUGAGACCCUCCGAGUCACUGGUAAACUCGGCACAACUCCCGUGCCAAAAGUUGAGGUCAUCGCGCCUCUAGAUGAGACGGACAACCGCCUUACACUGAAAUGGACGGAUCCAUUAACGGUCACGGAUGAGGGCCUGACGCUCUCGUACGACCAAGAUACCUUGAAGGUCAAUGAUGGGGAGCUUUCCGUAGUCUUCCCUGCCCCAGAAACACUUCAGCCUCCUCUGAUUCGAGACAGGGAUGGCAUCGAAUUGCGGCACGAUUCUACGCUCGUUGUAACGGCGAAUGGAGACUUGUCCGUCCCAAAGGAACCGCUAAAGCAACCCUUAACGCGAGACGGGUCAGGCGUAGGGUUGAAAUUGAAUACGGAUGACUUCGCCGUGGACGCCACGGGCGCUUUGGCCAUCGUCCCAACAAACUAUGAAGCUCCUCUGCAUGAAUCUGCCACAGCAGACAAGACCGUGUCCUUGCACACGGAUGGCAGUCUCCAUGUUUUAGAUGGGGCUUUGAGCGUAGUUCCAGAGGCCAUUGAGGCGCCUUUGACGCGCCAAGAUGGAACUUUGAGCAUUUCCCUAGGUAAGGGUCUUGAAGUAACCGACGAAAAUGAAUUGGGUACCAAUAUCUCCCAGGUGGUGUUCGGCAGAGGAGCCGUCAGCAGCGAUAAAGCCUCCUCACUGGCGCUGGAUGAUCACUUGGAGCUCGGAUAUUCGACCAUCAGCGAGCUGCUGGAUGAUGAUGUUGACGCGGACGCGAGCGUCAUCCGCUUGAAAACCAGUGAGGAUUUUCAGCAGACAAAUGGACGCCUGGCGAUCCGCUCAGCUGGAAGGGGGUGGGUACCUUUCCACAACGCCAUAUCUGGCUUAAACUCGGACUCGGGUUUCACAUAUAACGAGACGCUGAACGAACUAAGAGCGCCGCACGUAAUAGUCAACAGCAACUUCUCCCCGUCAAACAACGAAGUUCCUACAAGCGCCUAUGUGGAACAGCUGUAUCAGAGCGAUACGGGCUCCCCUAUUGAUAUCAGCGGAGUGAGCGGAUGUAGGCGGACGGUGAGUUUGCGUACGGACGCUACUUUGGCGGUCGAGAACCAGGUGUUGGGGGUCAACGUUACGCCAUUGGUGGACAACAAAGGUGUUCGAGUGAUUGACGGUAAGAUCGGUAUCGGACUCACGUUCCAGCCAGGAAACGGCGGUCUCAAGAUAGAGAACCAGAAUCAGGUCAAACUUGCACCUACCGUCUCCGGAGCCAUAACCUUUGACGGGAACAACACGUUCGGAGAGAAGCUGACCGCCAGCCAAGGUGUGAAGAGGGUCGAGAAUGAUCUCCAACUGGACCUACAGGCCGGAGACUCCACAGUCACCGUUACCGGGAACUCAGUGAAAGGAAACUAUCAAGCGAACAACGGUGUCCAUCCCACAGGGAACACGAUCUCAGGAGCGUACACAGCGGGAAACAACAUUGGCAUAAGCGGCUCAACGAUCUCAUGCACGUACCAGCCCGAACCCGAAGCGCCGACAGUAAUAACUGGCACUCUUCCCAUCAUAGUGACCGGAGCUGACAAGGAUUUCAAUAUCUCUAAGCAGCCGCUGGUGAUCUCUGGGGGGGCGGGAAUUAUAGUGGCAGGUUCUGAGAGUACCGGUUACGUAAUCAGCAGCGUUCAGCCUUAUAAGCAGAAGAAGCAGGACUCUGACCCGGAGGAGAACACAGAGGAGUCUGAUCCGUUUGCAGAGAGUGACCCGUUGACCGCUUCUGGAUCCUCUCCCGUUGUCAGUGUGACUGGCCCCCUCGGGUUUCUUCUCAGCAGCGGUGCGUCGCUCAUAGGAGGGCCUUUGGCCAGUGGUGUGGCUGUUGCGCCUACCUCAGCCUUCGGCGCUCUUGGGGCUCUCGCGGGAGCUGUUGGGGGAACAACCAUUGUAGGCGGCUUUGCAUCUGUUUUUGGACGCGAACAAAAGAAUAAGACAGACGCUAGCGGGAAUCCGAUCAUAGACGCCAACAACAACCCGGUGCUAGAAGACGGCUGGCAAGUUAUCAUUUCGACGCUGCCGAAACCCGACGACACCUCCUGUGAUGUUACAAGGUUAUUAUUUGACACUCCCAGUGUUUGUUCGUACCGCGGGGUACUGAAUGAAGUCCCGCAACAAGCCGUCAAUCUCGACAUCCUUAAACAGUACCAUACUGCGGCAAUCAAGCCUCAGAUAGAUCUCAAGUUCGACAAAACAGGAAUUCUUCCCUAUGCCCAGCUGAGCGGCGUACCGGACCUUUCCGUCUACGAGAAGAAGCUCACUUUCGCUCCUUCCCCUGUGCUGACACGAGCAGCGGACACGGUGACUUUCGACUCGACCAAGAUCACUUCUCUCGGCACAGUGACCCUUUCUGGAGGCCUGACAGGGACAACAGCUACCUUUUCCGGAGCUAUCAGUUCACCUACGCUCAGUAACUAUCUCCUCUCAGCCACAGCUGCUACCUCCUAUCAACCGCUGAAUGCUAAGCUAUCGACAAUCGCUGCAAGUACAGCGGCUGCUUCGUACUUCCUUGUUGGUGACGGGACUAAUUAUGCCUCGACCAGCCCAACGAACGCUAGAUCGGCGCUCGGACUUGGCUCUUUUUCCCUCAAGUCAUCGCUGGACCUAGCAUUGGACGUCGGCACAAGUGUCCUGCCGGAGCCAAGGAUAGACGCAUUGAUAGCCAGGAAGACCUAUGUUGAUUCGCUUGUUGUUACCGCCGGCUCUGGUUUGACGAAGACGGGCACAGCAUUCAGUGUCAACGCCGCCCAGCCUGGCAUCACCAGUGUUGGGACUCUCGGGUCUCUUUCCGAUCUUGGUAACAGUCGGACGCAGGGUGUCAUUGUGCAGGGGUCGCAGCCGGCGCUGAAUCUAUCGAGUACGGCAACCGGAGGGGCUUGCUGGCAGUUAUAUUCGACCGUAACCGGUGAUUCACUGGGUCCCGGGUUCCUUUCGCUCUUGAAUACCACUGGAGGCGGGUCUACACCGGUUCUCAACGUCAAUGGGAAUGAUCUGACGGUCACUAUUGCAAGGGCUCUAAUAGUUAGUGGAGCGGUGACUGUUCCUGCCACCCCUAGUAACCCUACUCACGCUGCAUCAAAGGGAUACGUUGACGGAUUGAUCAACACCACACAGACGGGAGCGCAACCGCUGAAUAGCAAGCUCAGCACCAUAUCGAACGCGACUGCCACUGCUAGCUACUUCCUUGUAGGAGAUGGGACAAACUUCAUCUCGACCAGUCCUGCCGCUUCUAGAAGCGCCCUCGGGCUAGGCUCUACUGCGCUGAAGAACAGUAUCACUCUGACAACAGACGUGACGGGAGUGUUGCCUCUCGCCAACCUCGAUUCGCAAGUGAGUACCAAAGCUUAUGUUGAUGCGCAGACAACAACCGCUGGCAGCAACCUCAGCAAAUCAGGAACGACCCUAUCUCUGGUUCCAGACGCAUGGCUGAACAGUCUAUACCUAACCUCCACUGACUUGACCUCGUCUGCCUUGACCGUAGACGGCAUCGGUCAGUUUGGUCAAGUCCAAGCGUCUGACCUUGUUGUCUCUGGGGGCAGCGAUCUACAAGACGUGACGGUCAACGCCAGUUUGAAUGUAAUUGGUGCUUCCAGCCUAAGCGGUCUUGAUGUCACUGGGAAUGCAAGUAUAUCUGGUGUAUUAAACAUUGGGGGAACAGCCACCGUGUCAACACCAACCCUAAGUUUGCAUGCGGCAACGAAAGCCUACGUAGACGGUCUUUAUACUGCUGGAACAGGAUUGACACGCACUGGAAACGCCUUCAGUGUGAACGCAAGUCAACCAGGGAUAACAUCUCUGGGGACAUUGCAAACCAACUCCACAACAUCCGAUGUUCUCAAGAUCCAGAGUCUUUCGGCAUCGGGGUUUUCCACUAUUGGCUUCUUGAACAACACGGGAACGGUAGUGGGCGCUUUUGGUUAUGCUGGAACCGGUACAAGUGCUCCCAAUGCUGGAAACUUUUUCCUCUAUUCCGGGUCAGCGGCAAACUUCGUGAUCAAUAGCAAUGUUCCAAGUGUGCAGAUUCUAUCCACGGCAGACUCCUCAUCUUCGACAUCAGGUGCAUUUCAAGUCAAAGGUGGAGCCGGGUUUGCAGGCAAUGUUAACGUAGGAAAGGACUUGACCGUUGCGGGUACAAUCUACAGCAAUAUCAGUUCGGCAGGACCGAUUGUUCAGUCGCACUUAGGAGCUCCUAACCUUUCUGCCGGAAGUUUCACGACGUUACAGCUCGGUGUUUCGGCAGGUACUUAG